AUGUGGAAUUGCAAGAAUGGAACCGAUGAGAAAAAUUGUGAUUCUGAGUUGAAUGAAGUUCCUGAAAUUCCCUACUAUUCUGAUGUGAUAAAUUAUCAUUUUCGUUGUACUAAAAAUGAACAUUAUUGCAUAAAAUUCAUAAAUAAUUUUAAUGACAUCAACAUGACGUGUUUACCCUUACAAAAUGCUGGUGAUGGUGUAGUUGAUUGUAUUGGUGGUACUGAUGAACGUUUAACGAAUAUUUGUACACAGCUGAAUCCACUGGAAUUUGAUAAACGUUUCUAUUGCAUGAAUAGUACAGUUUGUAUAACACCAAAGCAAGUGUGUGAUGGAAAAGUUGAUUGUCCAUUUAGUGAUGAUGAGCUAGUUUGUCCAGGGUUAUGGUCGUCAAAUUCUACGAAAGAUCACUGUAAAGAUGUUUCUCUACGUUGUCCCCUUAAAUCUAGUGAUUCAAUCAAUUGUCCAAAUAAAGAAGAUAUUUGGUUUUGUGAUCUUGAUACAUCAUUCAGCUUUGUGGAGAAAAAAAUGAAUGAUCUUGAAAACUGGUAUCUUAUUGAUUCCUACCCUAGAAAAAUGCUAAAGACUACAGCUCUAGAUAAAAAAACUAACAGUUUUCGAAGUAAACGCUUAGUAGUCGAAACAUCUGAUGAUAGUUAUAAUCUAUUAUUUUGGAAAUGCAACCGUGGUAUAUUAAUGCAGACAUUACUGAACAACAAUGACGCCAUACUCGAAUGUCUUUGUUCACCGGGCUAUUAUGGUGAUUAUUGUCAGUAUCAGUCCAGACGCAUAACUGUUCUGCUGAAAAUUGUUCCUGCAAUUUAUUUUAAUCCAUCAAUAAUAUUUCGAUUAAUUAUUUAUUUGUUAAAUGAAAAUGAUUCGGUUGUAUCACACGAAGAAAUUGUAUAUAAUUCUUAUAUGCAUGAACGAAAAAAGCACAUGGUGUAUUUAAUACAGGAACGGUUCACUGCACAACGUCCGCUAGAAAACAAGAUUCGUAUUGAUUGUUAUCUGAUAACUUUAUCAGAUGUUCAAUAUAUAUCAAGCUGGCUUUUCAACAUAUCGUUUCCAUUUCUUCCUGUGAAUAGAUUAGCUGCUGUGAUAGCUCUUAAGAAUGAACCAUUGAAAGGAUAUAAUUGUAAGAAAAUAAAUUGUGGUUCAAAUGGAAUAUGUAUGUACUAUAUAAAUUGGAAAGAAAAAGAAUUUUGCUGGUGUAACAGAGAGUGGUUUAGCGAAAACUGUGAUUUACAAUUAUCGUCAAAGUUGUGUAAUAAAACGUCAUGUUCUCCUCAUUCUCAAUGUGUUGUAUUCAAUAAUCAAAAAGCAAAAUGUAUUUGUCCAUUAGGCAAAUAUGGUCCAGAGUGUUAUAUAAACUAUGAUCCUUGUGCUAACGUUGUGUGUGAAAACAAUGGUUCAUGUCUGCCAUUAGACAACAGAAACUUUGGUUAUGUUUGCGUUUGUUCAGAUGCAUUCAAAGGAACUCACUGCGAAAUGACUGCUAGACUAACAAAUAUUUUAAUUAAUAUUAGUGCCACGUCAUUGUCUGUAAUACCCGCCGUUGUUCAUAUUUGUGUCGACAACAUUAACAAAAAUAUCUUUCACUUGUUUAAAAAUAUUUUGUCAACGAGUACGUUUAUCAUGUCACACACACGGUUUAUGCAGUGUGAGGCUGAAUAUGUACACAUAUUCUUUAAUAUAACUACAAAUUUUUAUUACAUGAUCAAAUAUAACUCACCUGCUACAACUUUCGAUACAUCGCUUAUAUCAGAAAAUUUAUGUCCAAGUAUAGGUGAACUAUUCAAUGAAACAGUUUUAUAUAGAUACACAUAUUUGAAACGAUUGAAGCUAUAUCAUAAACCGUGCCAGUUGAAUUUAGCUCUACGUUGUUUUUUCGAUGAACAUUACAUGUGUUUGUGUACUAGAGACCACAAUAGCGAAUGUGCUGCUAUUGAUAACAGCUACAGUAAUUGUCAACAUUGUUACAAUCAUGGUUGGUGUAUAGAACGAAAUCCUCUACAAGCUCAAUGGGAUUAUGUUUGUUUGUGUCCAAAAUGUUAUUUUGGUACGAUAUGUCAAUUUACAACUGGACAAUAUUUUAUCACAUUAGACAUCUUAGUUGGUGCAGAAAUGAUAACAGGCAGAGCAUCUUUAGAACAACAGCCAAUUUUUAUUAAAGUAGCAUUAGGAGUUCUUAUUUUGAUUUUGAUCGUAGGAUUAGUUUGUAAUACAUGUAGCAUCAUUAUUUUUUGUGAUACGGAAUUGAGACAAAUUGGUUGUGGUAUAUAUCUGCUGUAUUUGUCGAUCGUAAGCCAAGCUGGUUUGAUUAUAUUCGGAUUGAGAUUUACUUAUAUGUUGUUAACACAAAUGUAUGUGUUUGAAAGUUUGUUGCUCUUAAAAGUUAGUUGUGUGUUUCUUGAGUAUUUUGUUCGUUUAAUACCAUCGAUAUUUGAUUGGUUAACAGUUUGUGUCGCUUGUGAACGAGCCUACACAGUUAUGAAAGGUAUUAAUUUUACAAAAAAUUUAAGUUUAAAAACUGUUAGAAUAGCUCACUCGCUGAUUCCAGUGGUUUUUCUCGUAAAUAUUUUAAGCUCACUACAUCGUCCGUUCAAUUUAAAUUUAGUCGACGAACCAACGAUAGCUGCUAACAUUCAAGGGCAUCCAUGGUGUCUGCUAAACUUUAAUUUGAAAUGGUUAAAUUCAUACGAAAUAUUCAUGAAUUUAUUUCAUUUAAUAUUACCCUUUUCAAUUAAUUUAGCGUCAACAAUUCUAUUUUUACUAUAUAUAAUAAAAAAAGAAUUAUUAUCAAGCAUAAAUAAGACUAAGAAUAAAUUAAAAUCAACAAUAAUUAAAGAACAAUUACUUAAAUAUAAACCGAUAAUAAUCAGUCCAUUGUUAAUUAUUUUGUCUGAAUUACCCCGUUUAAUUUUAACAUUUGUUUUAGCUUGUAUUGAAUAUAAAUGGCAAAUAUAUUUAUAUUUUUUUGGAUAUUUAGCUUCACUUUUACCACUGACAGCUACGUUAUUUAUCUAUGUAUUGCCAUCACCAAAUUAUAAAAAGAAAUUUAACUCAUUUCUAAGAAGUAGAUUCGGGUGUAAGUAG